AUGACCACUCUCAAGUCUCAACUAUGUACAUAUGGUGACAGACUGUCAACAUCUGCACCCCACAGCCACAGAAAUUUGGCAUUGCAAAACCUGCUUCGUCCGCUACCUAACCAUUUCAAGCUCCGCGUGCUGGAUAACGUUCUAGUGUUUGGAUUACUUGUUAGGCAGUCAACAGAGCCUCGGAGGACGAACUCGGUUGAGUCCAAUUCUGAUAACAUGAAUUUGGGUUUGAGGAUGGCAUCGCAACCUGAUGAAGCCUCAAUUCAUUCAAUUACCUUGUUUGUCGUACUCCUUUGUGCUUGCAUUCUGAUUGGUCAUCUGCUCGAGAAGAAUCGAUGGUUGAAUGAGUCCAUCACUGCCCUUACCAUUAUUACGUUCACUUCCCUCAUUUUAGGUUUGGGAGCGAUCUUUUCGGCCACAGAUUCUGUUUGCACCUUGCAGGUGCUCAAUCAAGAAGAGACACCUUUACUGUACAGUCUAGUCUUUGGGGAAGGAGUGGUAAAUGAUGCCACAUCUGUUGUCCUUUUCAAUGCAAUCCUGCGGUUUGACCUCUCUCACAUCUCCUCGAGCAGCGCCUUACAGUUGCUUGGCAAUUUCUUAUAUUUGUUUGCCACAAGCACAUUGCUUGGGAUAACAGUUGGAUUAGCAAGUGCUUAUAUCAUAAAGAAGUUGUACUUUGGCAGGCACUCUACUGAUCGUGAAGUUGCUCUUAUGAUUCUUAUGGCCUAUCUUUCAUAUGUUAUGGCUGAAUUGUUCAAUUUAAGUGGCAUUCUCACUGUCUUCUUUUGCGGUAUCUUGAUGUCACACUACACCUGGCAUAACGUGACUGAAAGUUCAAGAGUCACUACCAAACAUGCUUUUGCAACAAUGUCAUUUAUCUCAGAAAUUUUCAUCUUCCUAUACGUUGGUAUGGAUGCCUUGGACAUUGAGAAGUGGAAAUUUGUGAGGAAGAGUCCUGGGAAGUCGAUUGGUGUGAGUUCAAUACUUCUUGGGCUAGUUCUGCUUGGAAGAGCAGCUUCCAUAUUUCCGUUAUCAUUCAUAUCCAAUUUGACAAAGAAGUCAAAGAGUGACAAAAUUGGGUUAAAGCAGCAGAUUGUCAUAUGGUGGGCUGGGCUUAUGCGAGGAGCUGUAUCUAUGGCACUUGCUUAUAAUCAGUUCACUAGGUCAGGGCAUACACAACUACAAGGAAAUGCUGUCAUGAUUACCAGCACCAUAACAGUCGUUCUCUUCAGUACUGUGGUAUUUGGAUUAUUGACCAAGCCUCUUAUAAGGGUCUUGUUGCCAAGUAAACAUUCAUCAGACUCGACAAAUCUAAAGCCUCUCGAUCUACCUCUUCUUGCCAGUGGACAAGAUUCAGAAUCUGACAUGGGUGGUGAUCAUAUUCCCCGUCCAAUGAGUCUACGUGCGCUCCUGACCACCCCAAGUCAUACUGUCCAUAACUACUGGCGGAAAUUCGAUGAUGCCAUCAUGCGUCCUGUAUUUGGUGGAAGGGGAUUUACAGCACAUGUCCAUGGCUCACCGACGGAAGGGAUUAUCCAUUGA